GCCGCAAAUUUAAUCUUGGUUAGAGAGAAGUCAGACACUGACAACCGCUUCUGUUUUUUCGCUUUCGGUUGGAGCUUCUACGGUGAUAUCUUGAAACUUAUUAAGAUCGCUGCUCUCACUUCUCAGACUUUUGUUCGACGUUGUAAACUGCGUCCCUGUAAAAAAAACCUUUAAUAAAUAUUUUAAUAAAUAUUUUAAAGUUAUCAACCAGUUUUAGUGCGCUACAUUUGUAAAAGAGGGCAAAAUACACGCCGUUGAAAGUGGAAAGACUGCAGAAUGGCAGACACAGAGACAACUCCUGCAGCCAACUGCAUGGCGAGGUUGAAGAGUUACGUGCGGACUCGAAAAGGGACUAUUCUCGCUGCAGAAAUACUCAUCAGCCUCAUCAUUCUCAUCUGCUAUGCGGCAUCACUGUAUGGAGGCUACUCGGCAGUGGCUAUCUGCGAGAUGGUCUUCGCCAUUAUCUUCUUCGUCGUGUUCAUGAACGAGCUCGACAAGCAAUUCCAGGUCGUCAACUGGAUUUGGAGUGACCUGAUCCGUGCCGGUAUUGGUGCAGUUCUGUACCUCAUCACUUCUCUGAUCUGUGUUAUUGGUGGAGCAGGGGACGGUGCUCGCAUUGCUGGUGGGGUGUUUGGCUUGCUGGCUGGGAUCCUGUUUGCAUACGAUACUUACACUAUCUACUUGGACAUUAAGAGCAGUAGACAGCACACUGCAGCCCCUACAGAUGACAGAGUGUGAUGCUGGUGACACUCCACAGACUCCAUCAACACUCCAUGAUGAGAAGCACAACAAAAACACGUCACAAAGAGACAACUCCGUUGGGACAUGAAGUGAAGAUCAGUUGGUUAUAUUGUUUAAGGGACUGGUGUAAAUUAAGGGAUCAGUGAGACAAAGACUGAGGCCUUCUUGGUAAAAUGCGGUAUAUUCCAUGACACCUGCUAAUACACUACUGAGAAGUUAUAGGGACAGACAGAUUGAAUGUUGGCAAGUUGUGGACAGAUGUCAUUUGGUGGUUUGACCUGCUUUUUUUUUUGCAUUGUUGUGACAUUUCUGUUGUAUAGAGCAGUGAUCCUCAACUCCAGUCCUGGGAACCCACUGCACAUCUUUGUUCUAACUAUUCAUUAUCACAGUUAAUUGAGCUAAUCAAGGGCUUGAUGAUUAAUUGAUCAGUGGAAUCUGGGUGUGUCAGUCCUGAGUUAAAACAAAAACGUGCAGGACAGUUGGCCCCCAGGACUGGGGUUGAGAAUCACUGUUAUAGAGGGACACUCUAGCACUGCCUUUUAGUAGUAGAAGAUAAGAAAGUCUUGAAAAAGGAUAAGGCUCCCAUUUUUAUCUGUAAAAAUAAAAUACCAAAAAAAAAGGGAAAGAAAGAAUGAACCUCAUUAAAUGUGUGUAGGGAUACUGUAAAGAAAUUUCAAACCCCUUUGGUAAGUCCAAAUGUGUGGUCCUGAAAAGUAAGGGAAAGAUAAAAAUGUUAUUCUAAGCUGGUGCUAUAGCAGAUUUUUGGUAAAAUAGUUAGACAUUGUUUUGGUUGCAUGGUCCGUUUCAAUGGUAAAACUCAGGCAUAAUAGGCAGUUUUAACUGAAUUAAUGUUUGACGGUUAGUUUUUUGACUUUAUACUUUACAGCUACAGUACCAUGAGGAGAUGGCUUAAUUAGUUAUUUAAACCAUAAAAUAUGUUAAAGCUCUGUUACCAUAGUAACCCAUUACCUCAGAAGACAUUCUGCUAACCUAAGCUUGGUGUGGAACCAAUAACUUUGCUGUUUUAGGUCUUGCAUUGAGAUAGGAUGGUGAUGGCU